CAUGAUUCACAUGAGGGGGCCAAGAUACAGAGAAAAGAGAAUUUAUAUUCUUUCUUCGCUUUGUUCUUUGCCUGCUCUAGUCACUCAGCCAAGAUGUUGCUUGUUCUUGUCUUUUCUUUACUCGCAACCUGCAGUACAGCAGAAGAGAAAGCCCCUGCAGACAGCACCCUCCCCAGACUGACCGAUGUAUCUGCAGUAGAAGCCUUCAUCAACUCGGCCGAGGUGGUGGUCGUUGGGUUCUUCGAGGCUGAUGAAGGCUAUGGUUAUAAGGAAUUCUUGGCUGCUGUUGAAGAGGUGAAGACCCUUCCUGCCGCCCUGUGCAGUGUGAAGGAGGUGUGGACUAAUUACAGCAUUGACUCGGACACCAUCACCAUCUUCAGGAAGGCCGACCUGCAUCAGGAGAACUUCCAACUCUCCAAGACCAAAAACCUGGACACUGACGGACUCGUACGCUUCCUCACCAUCAACGACGUCCGCUACAUCACAGAGUACAACCAAGCGUCCGCAGUGGGUCUCUUCCAGUCAAAAGUGAAGGUGCACCUUGUGCUCUUAGCCAACAGGGGGAGCACUGACUAUAAACCACUGAAGGAGAAGCUGGGGGCUUUGGCCCCUCGUUAUGCCGGCAAGAUGCUGUUUGUGCUGAUAAACGGGAAAGAGAAGGCGAACGAUCGAGCGCUGGGCUACUUCAACCUGAAGUCAAGUGACCUGCCGCGUGUUGGCAUCUACGACGGAGAAUCAGACAAGUCCUGGCUCCUGCCACCGGGUGAAAUCUCUACUGAGCGUGUGCAGGACUUCUGCGAUUCCUUCCUCAAUGGAGAGCUGCAGAAAGAAAAGGAGGCUGGAGAAUCUGAAGUGAAGAGUGAACUCUGAAUGUGACCAAACACACCUUCAAUAAAGCUUUUUUCAAAAUCCCA